UUGUGACGAUCCUCGAGUGGUAUAUACGUACAGCAUUUAUCGCUUUCUCUACGCGGUCUCUUUUUAACAAGUUACAAUGCAGCAUACUUUAAAGAUGGGACGAUACUUGAAACUUUUAAAUAAACGUAAUAUUGUGACUCAACGUGCGCAUGGAUUGCGAUUGAGUAAUUUGCGAAAGAAUCUCGCUAAAUUACUCCCGCAAAAAGAGGAAUUUCAAGCAAGGCACAUUGGACCCAGAGAACAUGAGCAGAUUGAAAUGUUGAGAUUAAUUGGAUUUAAGAAUCUUGACGAAUUGACAGAAGCGGCGGUACCAGCUAAAAUUCUUCACAAGGGAGAUUUAAAUCUCGAUGAGCCAGUUACCGAAUACGAUCUGAUGAAACUGGCAAGCAAACUUUCGGAAAAGAAUGAUGUAUGGCGCUCUUACAUUGGUAUGGGAUACCAUAAUUGCUGCGUGCCUCACGCAAUCAUGCGUAACAUCUUCGAAAAUCCAGGAUGGACGACGCAGUACACUCCCUAUCAACCGGAGAUCUCGCAAGGACGAUUGGAAAGCUUAUUGAAUUUCCAAACCAUGAUAUGUGACUUCACGGGGAUGGAAGUGGCGAACGCUUCCCUCUUGGACGAGGGAACAGCAGCAGCAGAGGCCCUUGCGCUCGCAUGCAGACAUAAUAAGAGAAAAAAAUUGUUUCUCUCCAACCAAGUGCAUCCGCAAACCAUCAGUGUGAUAGCAACACGAGCCGCGUCUUUAGGUUUAACGCUGGAAAUUGGAGACGUAUUCAACGUGGACACAAGUGGGAAGGAUAUCGCUGGUAUUCUCUUGCAGUAUCCCGAUACGACUGGUUGUAUACACAAUUUCCACGACGUUAUCGAAAAGGCGCAUGCUGACGGGACACUCGUUUGCGCGGCUACGGACUUACUGGCGUUAGCUGUACUUCAACCACCGAGUGAAUUCGGCAUCGACGUAUGCGUGGGUACGAGUCAACGUUUCGGGGUACCUCUUGGAUAUGGUGGACCUCAUGCCGCAUUCUUCGCAUGCAGACAGAAGCUGGUACGAUUAAUUCCUGGUCGAAUGGUAGGCGUUACAAAAGACUUGAAUGGACGGGAGGCCUAUCGGUUGGCUCUGCAAACGCGUGAGCAACACAUCAGGCGGGAUAAAGCUACCAGCAAUAUCUGCACCGCACAAGCGUUGCUGGCCAACAUGUCCGCAAUGUACGCUGUGUAUCACGGUCCUCAAGGAAUACGCGACAUCGCGAGCAGAGUGCACAAUUUAACGCUGGCCCUGACGAGAGGUUUGGAAGAGGCUGGAAACGUAAUACACAACAUGUACUUUUUUGACACUAUUAGAGUGUCGCCAAAGAUUUCUGCGCAGAUGGUGAAAGAGAACGCGAGCAGAGCUAAAAUCAAUUUAAGAUAUUACAACGACGGUACUGUUGGAAUAUCCCUCGAUGAAACUACAACGAUAGAGGACGUGAAUGAUCUUUAUAAAAUAUUUUUGGCCAACACUAUAGUUGAAGAUGUUAUCCAAGACGAAGAUCUGCUCGCAAGAAGUUUGGACAAGUCAGAUUUCCAUCGUACUAUUCCAUAUUUGCAACAUCCUGUCUUCAAUAGCUAUCAUUCCGAGACAAGGAUAGUUAGAUACAUGAAAUCUCUGGAAAACAAGGAUGUGUCUCUCGUACAUAGUAUGAUUCCAUUGGGUUCUUGCACCAUGAAACUGAAUUCAACAACGGAGAUGAUGCCGUGCAGUUUGAAAGGUCUCACGGACAUGCAUCCCUUUGCUCCUCUCGAGCAGGCUAAAGGAUAUCAACAAUUAUUCACUGAAUUGAAGCGUGAUCUCUGCGCGAUUACCGGUUACGAUGGCAUCAGUUUCCAGCCGAACAGCGGGGCACAGGGUGAAUACGCGGGUUUGAGAGCUAUACAGUGUUACCACGAAUCCAAAGACGAAAAGCAUCGACAAGUAUGCUUGAUCCCGGUAUCCGCACAUGGCACGAAUCCCGCGUCCGCUCAAAUGGCGGGUAUGCAAGUGGAACCAAUCUUGGUGCGUAAGGAUGGUUCUGUUGACAUGGCACAUCUGACAGAGAUGAUUGACAAAUACCGAGAAACGUUAUCGUGCCUGAUGAUUACGUAUCCGUCGACAAACGGAGUAUUCGAGGAGACAAUUAGCGACAUAUGUAACAUGGUGCACAGUGUUGGCGGGCAGGUAUACCUGGAUGGCGCCAAUAUGAAUGCUCAAGUCGGCUUGUGCCGACCUGGCGACUAUGGCAGCGAUGUGUCACAUCUCAACUUGCACAAGACGUUCUGUAUUCCACAUGGAGGUGGCGGACCCGGUAUGGGUCCCAUUGGAGUAAAGAGACAUUUGAUACCUUUUCUGCCAAAUCAUCCGAUAAUAAAUUGUUCUGGCAACGAUAAUGGUGAUAUAAAGAAUCUUGGUACCGUGUCUGCCGCACCUUUUGGAUCAUCCGCCAUUUUACCAAUCUCGUGGGCCUACAUCAAAAUGAUGGGUCCGAAAGGCUUGCGUAAAGCUACGCAAGUGGCCAUCCUCAAUGCUAAUUACAUGAGCAAGAGACUGGAGAAGCAUUACAACACGUUGUACAAGGGUGAAACCGGACUGAUUGCACAUGAAUUCAUUCUGGAUAUAAGAGAUUUAAAGAAAACUGCCAAUGUCGAGGCCGUUGAUAUCGCGAAGAGAUUGAUGGAUUAUGGUUUCCACGCACCGACCAUGAGUUGGCCUGUAGCUGGUACCUUAAUGAUCGAACCGACUGAAUCCGAGGAUAAGACUGAGGUGGAUAGAUUUUGCGAUUCUCUGAUCUCCAUAAGGAAAGAGAUUGCCGACAUUGAAGAAGGAAAAUUAGAUAUUGAACAAAAUCCUUUGAAGAUGGCACCUCACACGCAGGAGCAAGUAAUAGCAACCGAAUGGAAUCGAGCAUAUUCGCGAGAGUUAGCGGCUUUUCCCGCUCCAUUUGUUAAGGGAAGCAACAAGAUUUGGCCAAGCGUAGGAAGAAUAGACGAUAUAUACGGUGACAAAAAUCUAUUUUGUACAUGUCCGCCUAUUUUAACAGAACAAUAGUGUUGUGUAAUAUUUUUAUAUAUAUAUCACAUGUACAGUUAGUUAUAAUAGGAUUAUUUAAAUAUUUAAAUCAAAAAGGUUCUAAUAUAUUCAAUAUAAAAGUUCAAAUAGAAAACUGUUUAAUAAAAGCUGCGCGCAGCAAAUAAGCGCAAUUAAAUUAUGUAAGUCUUUGAUUUCAAUAAACAUUUUAAUUCUUUAGGUCAUCUUCUUCAGUAAUUCAAAUG